AUGGCAGCCACCACCACCUCUUCCACCAAUGGCUUCUUCACUCUCCGAUCAACAAAUAGCAACGAAAACGGUGGUGAAAACAAGGUCAAAGGUUGCGGAAAACCUGAUGGAGUGGCCAUGUGGUUCAUCAACGGUGUCACAACAGCUUUCUUUGCCUCCUUGGAACAUUGCUGCAUCAGAAUUGCCACUCAAGAAGAUGUCGAUGAGGCCAACGACGACAUGCCGUUGAUCCUCAACGAUGGAAACCUCCGCCACCGCGCAGCCGCAGCCACCACCACCGGAAAAAGGAAAGUGAAAGGAAAGAAAAGUUAA